AUGGAGAUAGAGGGAGUUGGCCGCAAUCAAAAUGUCAGACUACAUACCUUUUGCAAUCCAAGAAGAGAUCAUGAAAAGGCUUCCAACCAAAUCACUUCUGUUCUGCGGUUCAGAACCGUUUCAAAAGCAUGGAAGUCUUUGAUCGAUUGUUCUCAGUUUGUUGUAGAUUACAGCGUCAACCACACUCACCAGCACCAUCUGUUAGUAAGUUACAGUCCGGUAGAAAGUGUUGAACAAAAAUACAUUUCAAUUGUGGACGAUGAAACUUUCCCCAAACAAAAGUGUUCCCUGCCUGAUCCCGCAGGCAGCGGACCCAGAUUACUAGGUAGCUCUCAAGGCUUGUUCUGUGUAUGCACUACUCAUGGAGAUCCACAUGAACCUGGAAGAAUCAUCAAGACGGCUGUUCUUUGGAACCCUUCAAUUAGAAAAUCGGUUGCUAUUGAUUUGCCUUAUGAUUUACAUCGGAACUCUGUUAUGAUUAUUGGUUUUGGGGUUUGUCCUCAGACUAGUGAUCCUAAGCUUGUCAAGAUUAACUCUACUUAUAGUAUGCCAGACUUGGACACUAUAAUUUAUAGUCCUUGGCAAGUUGAGGUUUAUACAUUGAGCUCACAGGCCUGGAGAAGUAUACCUACCAUCAAUCAACCGCGUAACUCAAUUAGUUUGAAGCCGAAUCAGGUAGUUAUAGAUGGUUUUAUUUAUUGGCAUGCUCUUGAUCUUGUUAGUGUUAGCAUGAUGACAACCGGAUUUGAGGGGUAUAAUCUGAUUGUGUCAUUUGAUAUGACAAGUGAAGAAUUUAUGGAAGUAUCACUUCCUGAUAGUUUAGCCCGUGCUAAAAACAAUAAUUUGGUUAUUUCUAAACUACAAGAGUCCCUCACUGUGGUUGAAAUGGUUAAAGAGGCUGAGAAACAAGUUUAUUGUAUGUGGAUGAUGGAGCAUGGUGGUCCAAACUCCUUUACAAAGGUAUUCAACAUAAACUCACCAGAUGCAUCAAUAGAAGUGGUACUUGGAUUUAGAGACAAUGAUGAACCUAUAUUCAAAAAUACCAAUCAAGAUGCACAUGGUGUCUUUGUUCAUGAACUCCACUCGGAACACAUCAAUUGUACACUCAUUUCUUGCAAUGGAUAUGCACUCUAUGCUGGUUCCUACAUGGAAACACUACUUUUGCUAGAUCAUUAA